UCCGACUCCGAACUCCGAAGCAGACCUGCAGACGUCUUCUCGGGCGUGCGCACAGAAAAAGACACGAUAAAGAUAUACUCAUAUAUACACGCGAACGAAAACGAACGUGUCGUUUUUAUUAGCCAUGCAAGUGCAUUCGUGAGGUGGCAGCUUAUUACACGACUUUCUGCGAUAACAGUCAUCACGUUGCACUCGCUGUAUAGCCGUCAAAUCGAUUAUUUACCAAUCAAGGGGAAAUUAAGAAGAAGAAAAAAAUGUUUUCUACUGGUAGAUAGUAGUUGGAGUGCUGGUACUGGCUGCUGUCAUCGUCGUCCGACAAUUUACAUACCAUCGUCUUUGCUUGUGUACAAAUGUAAGGCAAUGAUUUUCAGGUUUUCCGUGGCUCAGCCUUAGAUAAAAAGCAUUAGUGUAAACUGUUUGGAUCAAGUAACAGUUAAAACACUUGAGCUUUGCUGUUGUUUUACCGCAACACCAAUGGGUCAAACGCUCACAGAACCAGUCAGGACCAAAAAAUCAUCGUGUUGCCGUGACUCCAACUAUCUAGUAGGCAGCUCGUGUAUGCAAGGAUGGAGAAUCAGGAUGGAAGAUUCUCAUACACACUUGCUAUCCUUGACCGAUGAUCCAAAGGCAGCCUUCUUUGCGGUCUAUGAUGGCCACGGAGGAUCUGCUGUUGCACAACACGCAGGACACCAUUUACAUAAUUACAUUACUAGUCAAGAUGCAUACAAAGAGGGUAACAUAGAAGAAGCUAUGAGAAAGGGCUUCCUAUCCUUGGAUAAGGAAAUGGAAACUAAUGAGUCUCUAAAAAAUACCGGGUCCACUGUUAUAGCUGUUCUUAUUAAAGAUAAUAUUUUAUAUUGCGCCAAUGCAGGUGACAGUAGAGCAAUAGCGAGUGUGGCUGGGGUAGCUGUGCCCCUCAGCCAUGACCACAAACCUACACUAAAGGAAGAAAAAGAACGUAUCGUGGCUGCUGGAGGCUACGUAGAAUUUAACAGAGUUAACGGUCAUUUAGCUUUGUCGCGCGCUUUAGGUGACUUUAUGUUCAAAAAAAACGAUAGUAAAAAACCAGAAGAACAAAUAGUAACCGCCCUCCCCGAAAUAACUCGUCACGAAAUAACAGAAGACUGGGAAUUUCUAGUUCUGGCUUGUGACGGCAUCUGGGAUGUCAUGAGCAACGAAGAAGUCGUAGAUUAUUUGAGGCAUCGCUUUGCAUACGCGGCGUCGAGGGAAGAGGAAGACUUACGAACGCUUUAUCCAGAAGAGAUGUGCGAGCAUCUGCUUAAUCAUUGUCUGGCACCGGAUGCUCUUAUGGGAACUGGAUGUGACAAUAUGACGAUCAUUCUUAUUAGUCUUCUCCAUGGCAAAUCCUACAAGGAAAUGUGCCUGCGCUGCCAGAGGCCAACCGCAAAUCAAGAAUCGAAACAAAAAUUAAAUUUCUAUGAAGAUAUCGACAAUCCAGUUCAGAAAAAACAUUUUCAAACCAGAGCUGCAGAGUACAUGGAUAGAGCUGAGAAAAUAAAAAAUAUGAUAGAUUACAAAAAAUCUAUUGGCCAGUAUAGAGAGCUAGUUAAGAUUGAAGAAAAUUCGACUGGCCAUGGAUAUAGUUCUGUUUUUGGAAGAUUUUUGGAUAAUAGAAUUAAUGAAAUUCUAAUUGAAGAAUCUUACAUCAGAACAUUUCAUCAGUGCCAGAACUUUUUGAGAUUUUGUGAGUUGGCUGUUCUCAAAUGUGAGAAGUUAUCUAGAAUAUUAUUAAAAACUACACCUUCUCCCAAUGAUAGAGACGAGCAAAUAAGAAGAUUAGAAGAAAUUAAAAGGAGUUUAGCUACUCGACAAAUUACGUUGGAUGUACGAUUUUCGGAGUCACUUCACGACAGACGAAUACGUCUUGACAAUGGAUGGGUCAUUAAAAUAGGUAGAGGCUUGGAUUAUUUUAAGCCACCAGAAGGAAAAUUUUCGUUAGGAUACUGUGAUUUCGAGUUGAGGCCUUGUCUUGAGACAACUGUGGAUAUUUACCAUGAAUUACAAAUUCAAGACAAAUAGUUUGAAAAGCACUAAACAACUUUGACCAUCCGCAAUCAUUUGACUAUAUACACACAUCAGAGGAGGACUUUGACGAUAAAAAAUAUUUCCAAGUUAUCCUUUGAAAAAUGAGUAUUGUUAAUUUGUUCAAUGUCAUUUUUGAAAUUCAAUUGAGCGAAUGUAUAAAGAAAUUAAUACACAAGGACUUAAACGGAAUUAAACGGGUAGGCAGUGCAGGGUUAAAAAAAAAAAAUUGUAUUUUAUGUAUAUAAUAUACGUGUGUAUAUUUAUAUUAAUAUUUACAUUUAUUAGUUAUUCUUUUACUUCAUCCAUCAUGGCAGAUGAUUAAUUUACGAACGAUCGAUCAUAAAAUUAUUCAUUAUAAUAAAAAAUUAUAUUUUACGUACAAUUGUUUAUCCUUAUUAUUAUAUUUACAUAAAUUGUUAUUUCACUUUGAGUACAAAAAAUAAGGCAUGCUAGACUAGGAAGAAUUUCUUACGCUUUUGUACGUAUUUAAUGGGACAUGGCUACUAUGGAAUCGUUAUGAAUAACAACUUUUAAAAUACAUUAUUAUACUGACGACUCCCAAAAUUCUUAUAUGCCUAUAUACAAGCGCGUUCACAGCAACGUUUUGUUUGUCGAUUUGUCAAAUGUUCGCUCUCUCUCUCUCUCGUGACUCGAAUACAUUUUU